GCCUUCCGCGCUGACCUCCGCCGUGGCGGUCCGCGAGGGUCUCGCCGCAGCCUGCGGGCGGGGCGGCGGGCGCUCGGGACCGCGCCGGAAGCUGGGAGCCAAGACUGCGCCCGGGAUGGCGCGCCAGGUGUCCAUUGCCUUCCAUGACCUGGCUGUGCGGUUCUCUGAGGAGGAGUGGCAGCUCCUGGGGACGGGGCAGAGGGAGCUGUACAGGGACGUGAUGCAGGAGAACUACGAGACACUCGUCUCCCUGGGGACAGCUGAGCUGCUCCCCCUCUCUGCUUUCCUAUCUCCCACGGAGCCUGGUGGAGCCAUGAAUGGGAGCGACCCUGGCGAGGAACGGGAGCCUCCUAGGGAAGGUGCCCCAGGAGGAGCGCCCCAGCACAGCCUGCACCUCACCGCCCUCGUACAGCUGGUCAAGGAGAUUCCAGGCUUCCUGUUUGGGGAAGUCAGCCCUGAGAGCCGGGGAGCCAGCCUGGACGGAGAGCGGGUGAGCCCCGAGGUGGCACACGACAAGGACGGACCAGGAUUGGACAGUAUUGGGGGCGUUUUACCUGCCCCGGGGCUUAAAUGCCAGCUUCCGGUGUCGUCUCCCUCCUCCCCGACAUCGGCGGUGGCAGUAGAAACUUGCCCUCUCCGAGGCCUGCUCAGCUGCCUUCCGGACACGCCCGUCAGCCAGCCCAGCCUGGCCACCAUGUCCAGUGGCACGUCGUCAUGCAGUGGUUCACCCGGAGCUAGGGGGCAAGGGAGCCCCCUCCCCAUCAGAACUGCUAACACACCGAGGCCUGCAGAGGAGGAAGACCCCGGAGCCCCAGGCCGGGAACACAGCACUCCUGCCUGUAGCCCCAGCAGGAGGAAGAGCCACAGAAAACAGGAGAGAGGGACCUCAGGGGCAGGUGCCACAGGAACCUCUCCUGGGAACAGCCCCUUGCAAGGCCUCAUCAACUGCCUGAAGGAAAUCCUGGUGCCUGGGCCCCAGCACCCGGAGGCGUCCCCGAGCUUACCACCUCCUGUCCCCGGCCUGGGCGCAUCACGGCUAACCAGGGUGGAGCUGGGGCCUGGGGGCCCGCCCUGGGGAGUGAAAACAGAGGCAGCAUCUGGGGACUGUCCCCUCCAGGGUCUGCUGAACUGUCUGAAGGACAUCCCAACAGCCCGGGACACGCGCCCCAGCCUCUCAGGAUCAGGGGACCCACGACUGCAGAAGGAUCCAGGAGCCUGGAAAAGGAAUUCUGGAGGGCCCAGACCCCUCCAGACCUCUCCGCCCUGCCCUGGUCCUGGCGCUGUGGUGAAGAUGGAGGAUGGCUGGGCCCAGAGCCCCCCAAUGCCUGCAUCCUGUCAGCUCGGCAAGCGGACCCACAGCCCCUCUCCCACCGGCAGCCUGGGGGGUGAUGGAGACACCAGUGGGGUCCGAGUGCCCAGCUGGGGCCCCACAACUCAAGCCGGCAGUGCCUCGAGCUCACCCCUGGAAGCCCUGGAGGCCUGUCUGAAGGGCAUUCCCCUGAGUGGGUCGUUACCUCCCCAGCCGCUGGCCACCUCUUGGUUCCGGAGCCCCCAGCCGGGAGACCCCGGGUCUCAGAGACCCGAGCUGCAGCCCCGCGGAUCACACAGUCAAGAGGUGACCGUGGGGCCUCUUCUGGCUCUGGGCCUGCAGGGCUUUGUGAGAGACAGCCCUGCCCUCCCUCCAGGACCCCAUGGCACCCCCACCAGCUUCUCCUCGUCCAGCAGUACUGAUGGGGACCUAGAUUUCCAGAGCCCUGAGGGCAGCCAGGGGCGCCGGCGUGGAAAAGGAGGCCCAGUGGGAAGUUCCCCACUCCAGGGCCUGGAGAACUGUCUCCGAGAGAUACCUGUGCCCAGGUCGCAGCCUGCCUGGUCCUGGUCCUCGGCAGGGGACAGGGGGCCACGAAGAGCAGAGCCUAAAAACUGGACGGCAGACAAGGAAGGACGGAGGGGCGAGGCCUGUGAGCCAGUCCAUCUGGGACGGCGUGUGGGAGACGUGCCCACCAGGAGCCUGCGGCCGGCCAGCCCACAGGUGCUCGCCUCUAGCAGCGUCCCUGCCUGCUGCCAGCAAGGGCUCAGAGACCCUGUGGCCACCAGGCCAGGUCCAUGGAGAUGGCUCCAGGAAGGUACAGCCACUAUGCCCUCCCCACUCCACUGCCUGGAGAACUCUCUGAAGGGGAUCUUGCCGGGGAGGCCCCUGCGCUUUGCCUGCCUGGCCAGCCCCAGCCCCGGCCCCAGCCCCGGCUCUGGCUCCAGCUCCAGCUCCAGCUUUAGCAGCUCAGAAGAAGACCUGAGGCUGGAGCCUAAGCUCUGGCAGGCGCUCCUGCAGGAGAGGGACCCUCUUCCCAGCAGCAAGGGUCCUGGCCCUCCGUCCCCACGCUCUGGUGGCACCCCCGCUGGCAGCAGCCCUGGUGGAGGCCCAGGGAAAGCAGAGCCCAGGGACCACUUCAGCCUCAGUGCAGGCCACCUCGCUUUCCAGUCCAAGCCUGACCCAGUGUUCGACCCGGCAGGAAAAGCAGAAGAGAAGAUGGAGGGCACGUCCCAGGCGCCCAGGAGAGAUGCGUGCGUGGAGACCCCAGGCCGGCCUGGCCUCCUGGGCAGCACCCAAGGAGAGGCAGUUGGGAGUCCCAGCCCUGCCCUGCGGCCGGAGAAAGGGCCCAGGCUGAGGCCCUGCCAGCCUCCUGGAUCCGAACCUGGGCCCCCAUCCUGGAAGCCUAGGGUGGCUGAAGAAUCCAGGGGCCUGGGCCCUGGACACGCAGGACCAAGUGCUGCAGCCAGGACCGAAACAAAGCCGCUUCCCAGAGGCCUGCCUGGGCCGCCCCCCGCUGCCGCUGCCCCUCCGGCUUUGCCUCCUGCCUCCCCACGGCCACCGUGCCCCUGUGGCAGUUCUCUGCAGCAGGAGCUCCACAGCCUCAGUGCUACCCUCUCAGAGAAGUUGGACCAGCUCGCCACGGCCCUGGCAGGUCUGUCUCAGGAAGUGGCUACCAUGAGGACCCAGGUGCAUCGGCUAGGGAGGCGCCCGUGGGGCGCUGGGUCAAAAGGCCAGGCUUCCUGGCCACGGGCCCUCCCCCGGGGACCUCACUGGGCUCCUGACCCUGCUAAUAGACACCUGCCCUACCGGAGACAGAAGGGCCCCACUAGGCUGAAACCAAAGAUCCUACGAGGCCAGGCAGAAGGCUGCAGGGCUGAUGGCACCUCAGGCCUCUCCCACGGGACACCCCACCUGGGGCCUCAGUUGUCUCCAGACGCUCACCUGGCAGAACCUUUUGGGUCCGGCUCCAGCCCUUCCCAGCAGCCCCCAUACUCGGCAUGCAGCCGAGCAAUGCUGACUGUGCACCCCCCGCUUGGACACACGGGGGGCCACCAGAGCCCCCCACCCCCUUCAGUGCCUGCUGCCUUUCCCCCCCAGAUGGCCUCUCCUGCCACUAGUGCAGACGCAGAGCCACCAGCUGCAGCAGCUGCACCAACCGGGACCCGAAACUGGCCCAAAGAUCCAAAUGGCCUGUUGGCAGGGGUCCAGAGAGCUCUCAAGGUGGAACUGUGGGGUGGGGAACAUAGGGACCUGAGAUGGGGUGCCCCUGACUGCCUUCAUCAGCUCAGUCCUGCUAAGAAAGCCCUGACCCCAGCUGCCACUCCUAGGGGCUGGCCUGCCCCUUCACCCCACUCCAGCCGAACCUUCCCCAUUUCUGGGCCAUGAAGAUCAGGCCCCCCUUGGCCUGACCGCCCCAGACUCCAGGAUGCUGUUUGCUCAUGGGGGCCUCCGUUUGGGGUGCAUUCCUCAGCCAUGCCUCUGCCUCCUUGGCUCAGGUUCAUUCAGACGUAGUUCCCCUCCCAUCUGUCCCACCAGAACUGCCAAAGCUCGCAGGCGGGUGGUGACAUACACUCAUGUGCACAGCACAUGUGCCCAGGGCGCCCUGAGCAGCUGCAGAGGCCCCCCCAAAAGCCCGUCUCGCUGAUACCUGCCCUUCCUGAUCUCAGUGCUGAGAGGGUGAGGCUCUCGCCUUCCUGGUAAAUACAGGCAUAGAUUUCAUUUGGGGAGAACUCUGCCCCUUGAUCUAGGCUGGAUUUUCCCAUGUGGCUUCUCAAAUUAAAGGACUUGGUUGCUGAGGAAAGGUCCUUGGCUCCACAGAAAAGGCUCGGUGGGUCCACACCAGGACAUGGCUGAUUGGUUUGUUACCACUACUGGGGACACGAUGGCUUCGCUGCCUGCCCUCCCGACACUCGAGAGACCUCAGCAGUCUCCCAAAGGGCUGGGGAAGGCUGGCGACAGGACAGACUGGGAAAGAGUGGCGCAUGUACUGUUUCCCGGGGGUGCUGUAACAAAGUGCCACGGAAUGGGCGGCUUAAACAGACUCCACUCACACUGCUGGAUGCCGGAAGUCCAAGAGCCAGGUGUCAGCAGGAUGGGUACCUUCUGAGGCUGUGAGGGAGUCUGUCCCAGGCCCCUCUCCUUGGCUUGUUGGUGGCCGUCUUCAUGUUCACGUGGCACUCUCCCCAUAUGCACGUCUCAGUGUCCCCUUUGUGUAAGGACACCAGUUGUACUGGACUAGGGCCCACCCUAAUGCCCUCAUUUUAACUUGACAUCUUUAAAGACCCUGUCUCCAAAUCAGGUCACAUUCUGAGGUCCUGGGGGUUAGGGUUUCAACAUGAAUUUUGGGGGGCACAGUUCAACGCAUGACACGUGUAAGGGACUGGACCAGUCUUGGUUUCAUCUUGGGAGAAGAAAGCAUAACCAGGGUGUCUCUGGGCCAGAAUGGCUUGCUCUGGGCCCCACCCCUCAGGUGGCGUGUGGCGGUAUACUGGGCCUGCCAGUUACCCACCUCGUUUCCCUCCCCAGGGUCAGAUCUUUCCCCAAAAACUAUGUUCUUACCUGUGUCCUCAUUUGAUUUGAGGAGUCUUCUGGAACUGUCUGUGGACAUGUGUCACCCAAGAAGGACAGGCCUGGCAUGGGCUGGCACAGUUAUGACUGCUGUCAGGAAACCUGGGUGCCAGUGCUGAGGCCCAGCUAAGUCGGAGCCCAGCAGGGGCUGCCCCAGCAGCACCUUGUGGCUGGUGUGCCUGGUGCACCCCUGAAACUCGGGUCAUAGGAUAUACAGGGCCUGGCCUAUGCUCUCUGUUGCCCCGUGGAAGCAGCGGGAUGGAGGGGAGAGGCCAGCGAGACAGGCUGUCAUGGGGGGUGGGGUUGGGAGGGGUUGCGUUAAAAUGUUUUCAAGUAAGCAAUCUGCACAGCGAGCCAUACUUGAUAGAGAAUGAGGAACAGAAAAGUUCUAGACUUUCCGCUCAAGACCUCAGGGAGAUGAGUCCAGCUCCUUUUAAAGCUGUGCAGAGAGCAACACUGGACACAUUUUAGAGCCAGUAGACAGGGUAGGACAGGGACUGGCGGGAGGAAAAGGAAGGCGGGACCUCCCCAUGGGCCUCAGUGCUGGCGGGCAAGGCCCUGGCAGUGAGGAGAGUUCCAUUUACCCCUGCUGGGCCCUCCUUCCAUCCUGCCUGGCCAGCCUCCAUUUUCUCCUCUCACCCUUUUCAAGAAGGGUAGUGGGAAGUGGUCCGCCAUCUACGUUUGGCCUUUUAAGGUUUGGUGGUGUGAAUUUCACAAACACCAGCUCUCACACAAACUCUGUGCAGCAGGCAUGAGAACAGAUCAGCUCAGUGUAACUUGCUCAUGGUUGCACAGCAUUUCACUGGCAGAGCCGGGAAAGGCGCUGGACCUUCCUUUGUGCUCUGCAGCCCUGAUACAUUACCUCCCCUGCUGGGCACAACUACCCAUCCUGCUAUGGUGGACCAACAUACUUGGAGUCAGCCGAGUGCCGGACAUUCAGAUCUUUAAAA